UGGUCAUAAUGGCCUGAGUUGUAGCAGCUCUUUUGAUGUGAUGUUGGUGGUGAUUUUCAGCCAUUUUAGAAAUGAACAGUUUACACUGUAUAUUUUCAAUAAGGCAUGUUUCAGGAGCAGACGUGUUUUGCUUUGGGAACCUGCUCCUGUGUAUUUGAUAGCUGUCCCUGAUAACAGAGUCCUUUCAUAAUACGUGGAAAGUAUUCCCCAAGUCCCAUUUAAUGAAGGCCUAGACUAUGGGAAGAAAAGUCAUUGAUGGGUUGGUGUUACUGGGAGACUUUGCUGUAAAGGAUUCAAGAGGGGAUAAAAAACUAUUGUUCAUCGAUCAUAGAAAGUUAAAGAUUUCAUUAAAAAAGAAGGUAAGUAGUAGUCACUGGUGAAGGAAAGAAAGCAAUAAGUGAGUAGGAAGGAUGUAAUGUAGGUAGAGAGUAGAGAUUUUGAUGAAAUACAAAGACUUUUUUUAGAUGCAUCAUGCUGUCUGGUGGGAAGAAAAAAAUCCAAACAACCCACAACCUAUUCAAAGCUUUUUUUACUUGUCCUAGAUAACUUUAUUUGUACCAAAUUUUUCUUUUCAUAUUAAAGGCUGAAUGCACUGCAGUGCUGGAAUAACUUGAUAUCAGUGGUUUUGUAUAAAUAGGUGCCAUGCUUUUAUGAAUAACAUCUACAGUUCAAUUCACAGAGAAGUCCAUUUGUAAUUUUAUCCUCAGUAGUUUUAAACAUGUGAGUUGUUCUCCUUUUCCUUACAGAGGUUUCUUCUGGGUCUAAGCUAUGAGGUGAGAGUGAAUCUUUAAUCUUGACCAUGAGGAAGGAUUAAUCCAAUAAUUGUGCUCAUAGAGAUACAAGUAUCUCUUCGCUCUCUCUAGGGUGCAGAUUAUUUCUACUAGGAGCAUGAAUAAUUUGCACAGUAUGUGCUUGUGCAUAAUUUCCACUCUCCGAUGAAGAAGGUGUAUAUAUGAAAACAUCCCCUUGAACUAUAAUCCUAAUCUGGAAUGUUCCUCCGUGACUUUCGUGAGGCUGAGCCUUUGUAAUAUCCUCUCUGUGGACGUGAGAUUGUUGUUUCUCUCUUCUCUCUACUGUUUUCUUGCCUGGGGGAAUAUGCAAGUGGCAGCCUGAAAAUGGGCUUCAGUUUUUACAGGGCACGUUCCUCUUUGUGAGUUGAGUAUGUGAAAAGAGAGGCUUUUUUUUUUCUUGCCACCUUCCCAGUCUGUGCAGCAAUAAGAUAGCAGAACAGAAAGAUGAACAACAAAAGAGAGAGGGAAAUAAAAGCCAAAAUUCAAAACAAAGCAUGACAUUUUUUACAGCCUUUAGACUCAUCUUUAUAGCAUUUUAAAAUGUUGAAGAAAAUGCACUAUUGUUAAAACUUUUUGAUGGUUUUAUUUAUAAGGUAGAAAAAUAUUUUCACCAUAAUUGGGUAACUCUUAAUCGUAGCAAUUGCAUAUUUAUCAGUAUGAGGGGCUGUUAUUAAUGUAGCUGUCAUGCACAAACACAUUUCUGCAUUAAAUCCAUUUAGUAUGUGCAUUAUUUGGUCUAGAAUGUCACCAGGACAUCAAAGCCCCCUUAGGCAUAAGAGCACAGUGCCCUGCUGUGGCUGCAGAAAGGGCUUGAUCAAUAAAUGUAACAUGUUAAUGCAGAGCAAAUAGAAUAAAAGAUUUCUUUGACAAGACAUGAAAAAUCACCUUGUGGCAGCUGGCAUGGUGAUGCCAUUUCAGCGGAGACACUAGCAAAGUUGAUCUGACAAGUAAAGAGGAGAGAUGAUGGUUAUAAGGUGCUUUUGUUUCAAACUUCUUUCUUGACCUGUCAGGUUUUGAAGGAGCCUGAAUGGCCUUUUUUUGUCAUGUGAAAAUUGUAGUCUUAGGCAGUUAUGAAGCAGUUAUCUCUUCUCAAAUUGUGAAUGCUGCUGUUUAAUUGAUUCACUUAGCAUUUGAAACUGUCACGCAUUAAUAAUUGCUAAAUCCUGUAGAUACUGCUCCAGUGUGUCAUGCUUAAAUGUGUAGUUAUCAGAAAAUUAAUAUCCUUAAUGAACCGAUGCUUUCAAACUAGCAUUGCAUGAAAUCUCUUUUGCCCUUUCAUUUGCUGAAGGUAUAUCAGCCCGUUUUCAGAGAAACCCCUCCUGACAGUUGUGUGGUUUUAUUUAUUUAUUUUUUUGAUGCCCGACAAAUGCCAGCUUUGCUUUGGGUACGUAGUGUGCUCAAUGACAAUAAAUAUAGUAAUUAUGCUGGAGUUGGUAAUUAACAUAAUUAUAGUCAAUUACGACAAAUACAGUGCAGAGCUAAAUGAAUGAGGGUGAGAAAUUAGCAAGCUAAUUGAUUUACCUUACGUGCUGCUUUUUCUUGCAACUAACAGUUGCAGAUUUUCUGCAGGAAAAAGAGUGUUUACAAAUAGCUAAUUGUGUUUUGAAAUGAUUCUGUCUUAUGGCUCUCACUCCUGUUUCCUUUACACUGAGGUGAGGAGGAUUGAAAUAUGGGAUAGUGGUUAGAAGGAGAAAGGAGCUGCUCUGUUCUCACUGAAUACUUUGAAGGGAGAUGUAUGUACUUGCUUUAAUUUCAGAUGCUUCUUACAGUAUUGAAGGGAAGAAAACCACAUGAUUGUUUACAAAAGACAACGCUAGAGAAAUUUUGGUCAUAUAUUUUAAUCCCCUUAGAUGUGGCCUGAAUUAUCUAAGAAACAUCUAUCUACCUGUUUAUUGACAUUAGAGAGAUCUGCAAAGCACUGGAGACCUAAAGGAAGAAUUUGAAUCGUUUGAGUAAUCCAAGUGUGUUGAAACAAUAUGCCCUUGUUCAACUAUCAGUUUCAAUAAUUUAAACUAUUGGACCAGUAGAGAUGCAUAAUAUCAUAACAUUUGUGCACAUUAUAAUUGCCUGUUUUGUUUCAAGAUGAUUUAUGGUAUCUUGUCUGAAAUAAGUGUAUUGGAGCUAUGCUGUUAAUGUUUUUCACUUGCCUUGUUUUUUUAUUUUCUAUCAGGCAUGACCACAGUUUUCUACGUGAAAAGAGAAUGAAUAUGUUUAAGUAUUGAAGAUUUUGUAUUGCCUUUUUAAAAGAAGAUGUUUAUUAGUAGCUGAGAUUUCUUUCUUACUCUAAGAAAACAGUGGUUUACAAAUGUUUGUAAAUUUUAUACUUGAAAUAGUUCACUUUUUCAAGGUAAAUGGAAUUGUAUAUAGAGACUUCAACAAAGAGAUAAUGUUUUUCACAGCUAAGCUAUCUGAAAUGUGUAAGUUCUCGAUAAUUUUUCUUCUACUAUUGCAGUAAUGUAUCAAGUUCAAAUGAGUAGGAUUGCAUUUUGAGGUGGGUACUUAAAGUUUUCCCUUAAAGGGAUGUCCUACAUUAAGCACAAGAUGCUGUUUUUUAAAUAAUGUUGAAAUAUUAUGAAUGUCUGAAAAUACACGUACACUAACACUGCUAAGGGUGGUCAUUCUUUAGAAGCAAUUCAGUUCCUAGAAUCAUUUUGCUAAAUGAAAUAUUUAUACACAAGGAUUCAUUGAAAUUAUUUAAAAUUUAUAGAUUAUAAUAAUCUUUCAGUUGAAGUCUUACAUGUUUAUUAAUCACUGUGGACUACCUGAUGCAUAAUUAUUUUUCUAUUAAAAUGAAUGUGAAAUAGUCUACUCAAUGGACUGAAGACAAGUGUGAUAAUAGGUUCUCUUUCUCCAUAGGUAAUACUUAGAAAGUUGUAUAAGGUGAAGUUCUGUAGAUGUAUAUCUGUUGGAAAAAUAGGAGACUAUUACCAGUAGCAAAAAGAAUUAUGAACUUCAAAUAUUAUCUCUACUUUUGAUAGUUGAUAGACAAAACUAAAUCUGCUCCUUGUUCUCUUCUUCCCCUCCUUUUUCCUCCCACCAUGCCUCUCCCAUUUUAAAAGUGGCAUUUCACCAGGAACCGGAUAUGAUCUGGUAUUUCCUCAUCACUGCUGUUGUGAAACAAGAGCGAAGGACUGCAGAAAUAACUAUUGUCUGAGGAUAAGGAGCUUGACUGAAGGGAAGAACCUGCAUUAAACCUGGAGUUAUUGUCUGUCUUUUCCUCUCUGUUUGGUUGAAAGUGCAAGGAAUUGUCCUCGAACCGUUUGAGAUGUGUAAGGUCCAAGACUUGCUGAAGUGCCAUGACUCUGCAAGGCCACAUGGCCACAGAAACACUGAAUGAGGAUGCUGUGUCAGACUCCCAGGACUUUCUAGACCUUUUAGCUGGAGAGAGAAGAGGAAAACUUGACCUAAUUACGUCACUAGAAGGACUGAAAACAUUCAGUUACUUGGAAGAGCUGAUCCUGGACAACAACCUACUUGGAAAUGACCUUCUGUUACCCAGGUUACCCCACCUCCAUACCUUAACGCUCAACAAGAACCAAAUAUCAGAAUUAGAAAGCCUUUUGGACCAUUUGGCUGAAGUUGUGCCCUCACUACAGUAUCUCAGUUUGCUUGGAAACAUUGCUUGCCCAAAUGAGCUGGUCUGCAAAGAAAAGGAUGAGGAUGACUACCAGAGGUACAGAUAUUUUGUCCUGCAUAAAUUGACGAACCUGAAAUUUCUUGAUACUCGGAAAGUAACCAGGAGGGAGAGAGAGGAAGCCUUGGUAAGAGGUGCCUUCAUGAAAGUGGUUAAGCCCAAGGAUGCUAAGGCCUCCUCUGAUGCUGCUUCUGCCUCUCCAGAGAUGCACUAUACACCUCUGCCUUCCGGAUCCAGAGACCUCACCAAUCACAGAGGCAUUCUGGGGAAAUGUCGCUACAUUUACUACGGAAAACAUUCUGAGGGCAACAGAUUCAUCCGAGAUGACCAGCUAUAAAACACAGUGCUGUUUGCUGCCUCUUUGAUCCCUCCACAUGAGAAACACAAAUUGCAUCUAAAUUUUAAGCGUGUAACUGAAGUCCUCUAGUGCCUUCUGCUGACUUUGCCAAGCCUGUCAAGAUCAUCCUUCUAUCUUAGUCUGAAUAGUCACAUAGAGAUUGACAUGAUUGCCUUUAAGCAGGUUCCAUCCACCAGUGUGACAGACAGCUGCAGCCGAGCACCCGGCCUGACAGGAGGAGCACUGUGAUGGAUUGCCUGGUCCAAUUGCUGCUCCAGAAGAGCAGGGGUCACACCUGGGGCUGCAGUGAGCAUGCUCCAGUGCUCGGCGCCUCCGCAAACGCAGCGCGUUUAUCUCCGGCUUGCCUGUUGAGAGAAAGUGGCUGCUGAUAUCAAAGUGUUUAUAAAAGAGGGAGGCUGUAAUUUCAGAUGAAAAAGCCCUUAUCUGUUCUUAUUUUUUUCCCUGUGAAUUAAGUGCUUGUGUUUCUGUCAUCUCAUACAUGCCUACACAAAUCCGUUCACGGUUUGGAAGGACCCCACUCACCCCUAAAUGAUCCUAGACAGGUUAUUUUGUCUUUCAACGGGGGAAAAAAUAUAUCCUGAAAAUAUUUUGGCCUUGCAAAGUACUAUUGAUUUGUAUAGUUGUUUAUAUGCAAAGGAAAAAGAUUUAAGUAAUUUCCCAGACAAACAAAAUUUGCUAAUUCUUAAAUUACGUCUCAACAUUUACUCACUCUUACCUUCAGAAAAGUGAACAUUUCUUAAUGCUGGCACAGCUUAACUUUAUAUGCUUGGAAGAAGCCCUCAUUAGUGAUAUUGACAAUGUGCAUUAUUCCUGGUUUGUUGAACAAGAUAUUUUUAACUUUUAGGGACUAUGUUUAGAAUUAAAUGCUUAAAUCUAAGUGGGGGGGGAAAGUGCCUAAAAGGAGUGAUAUAAUCUGCCACCAGAUUCAUAGGAUUAUUCAGAGGGGAAAAAAAUCAACAAAAGUAAAUGGUAGAGUUAACAUAAUUAGCAGCUUUACUAAUAUAGAGAGACAAGUUCUGAAUAAUCCCUUUUGAUGUCUACGUAGGAAAGGCUAUUGUCAAAUUUUCAGUCAGAAAAAUAAAAAUUCAUGGCAAAUUUCCUCCUUUUCUGAUAACGAGGUUGAACAUAUUAGAAUCAUGAACUCGUUACUGUGAAAAAAAAUCCCAUACUUCAUGCAUAUAUUAAGUGCUACUGGAUACAAUGGGAUUGUCCAAGGAAUAUGCAAAAAUUCUGACCUCUGGACUGUUCCAAACCCAUGCAUAUUGGUCCCAGUUGAGAGCUAUCACUGCCUAGCUGUUCUUGGUUUGUUUAAAAUUGCUUGGUGGCCUUUAUUCACUUUCCUGGUUGAAAAAAAAUGUCAGUUUUUAGAAACUGCCUACUUUGGGGGUCUAUUAUCAGCUAGUGUUACAGGUGGAAGCGAACUGGACAUUGAAGUCAAUUGUGAAAUUGGGUUUGACUGAUGAAAUAGAGUGAGACACUGGCAGAGUGCCAAAGGAAAGCUUGCUGCUGCUGAGCAUGUUAGGCCUUACUCAGUAAAUGGAAGCCUUUGCUCAUUCUGAAAGUCUAUAAUAAAUCUUUAACAGAUACUUAAAAUCAGUGAUGAACGUAGAACAAUCUAGUUCACACCACUUAGGGUUCAAAUUGAGCUCUGAGCUGUUUGCCAUGCAAAUUGGUGUCUGUAAAGCACAUUUUGGCCACCUACAGUGCCUCUUCUAAUGUCAUAUGUGACUACAAAUGAAAUGCCAAUUCACUUUAGAAGUCCUAGGAGAUAUUGGAUAAAUGAAAACUACAUGCCUCUUUCUUUAAUCAAAAAUAUAAUUAGAAAUAUUUAGGGCACUUGUCAUUUCUCUUGGUUACCAAAAUAACAGCAAUCCUACUUUGCUCCUAUUUUGUUGUCUGUUUUGAAGUCUCCACACAUUUUGGCCAUGGCAAUGUUACAGGCAGCAGGGUUCUGAGCAGGGGUGUUUGGAAUAACCUAAUGUCACUUUCAGUCUGGUUGCAUAUAUGUUCUUGUCUUUAUAAAGGUUUUAACCCUGCCUCAAACAAUAAACAGCACUUGCAAACUGA